ACUCCCGGAUACUAUCAUUGUGCAAUGAAGGCAAAACAUAACGUUUUUGUGCUGCCUACAGGAAUAAGCUACAAAGACAACAUGUCGGUGAAAUAUGUGUACAUACGCCAUGCCGUGAAGGGGCUCCUGCUGACGGUAGCCGACAAGGGCGACCCGGCAAACUCACAGCUCGUCCUGAAGCCAAACAUCGGGGGAGACGACAGUCAGAUCUUCCGGUAUUCGGACUCUGUUCUCUGCACCAACCUGACAUCAGGUGAUCACGAACUGGCCUGUCAGUUCGUCCCGAAUGACUGCUGCGCCAUGGGACCCUGCAAUAAGGGCUUUAACCAGAAGUGGUUCCAUGGAGACGAGGACAAGACGCUCAUGUCCGGACAGGACUCCUCUCUGUGCCUCACGGCGGAGGGAUCCGACGGUGAAGUGGUCAAGGUCACGACCAAGGCCUACCCAAUCACAGCCAAGCAGCAGUGGGACGUCAUCCAGAUGUAACCAAUCACCGCUUAGCAGCAAUGGGACGUCAUCCAGAUGUAACCAAUCACCGCUUAGCAGCAAUGGGGCGUCAUCCAGAUGUAACCUUGGCGCCAUAUUCGCAGUCGAACACAUCGACCCCCCCUGUUCUAUUUCGAACACUUUCGAAAACCUCCGUCAAAGCAAGGGCAUUAUACUUGUAGUAUGAUGUCCUUGGUCAAAGGAAGGAGCUUAUUGGUCAAAAUGAAAAUGACUUUGACCAAGGGGCUUCUAGU